AUGCGUGAGGUCGUUACAGAAAUUUGUUCAACGGAAGAAAUCAAGUCUUACCAAAACAAGGACCCAACGUACAGCAAACUCAAAGAAUACGUCAAAAAUGGUUGGCCACAGAAACACAAAAGCGACCCGUUAGUCAGUAAAUUCUUCUCUCAUCAACAAGACUUAAGCAUCGCUCAUGACAUUGUUUGCUACAAAGACCGAGUCGUCAUUCCUGGUCCUCUUCAGAAGAAGUGCCUCUAUGUGCUCCAUGACGGACACUUCGGUAUUAAUAAAUGUUUGGACCGGGCCAAAGCUACUGUGUGGUGGCCAGGUAUCACAAGAGAGCUUAAAGAAGUCGUCGGGAAAUGUGAAAUUUGCAUCAAACUACGCAGACCAACGGUAGAUCCCAUGUUACCAUCCGAAGUUCCAUCUAGACCGUGGCAAACAAUUGGUGCCGACCUCGCAGAAUAUCAUGAGUCAACUUACUUAGUGGUACAGGACUAUUAUUCCAAGUAUCCUGAAAUCAGAAAACUUCGCACCACCAAAGCCAAAGUUGUUAUCGAGACCUUCAAAGAAAUGUUUGCUAGACAUGGUAUACCCGAAGUUGUCCGCUCCGACAAUGGCAAACAAUUUGAUUGUCACGAAUACAGAACUUUCAGCAGAAAAUAUGGAUUUAAGUUAAUUACCAGUAGUCCCCAUUACCAACAGUCAAAUGGACAAGCCGAAAGUGCUGUGAAGCUGCUCAAAACGAUAUUGAGGAAAAAUGAAGAUCCAUAUCUUGCACUUCUUACCUACCGCAAUACACCUACUAAAUGUGGAUUGUCACCUGCCCAACUGCUCUUUGGCAGAAACCUUCGAGACAGACUGCCAAGGUUACCUUCAGGGUUAAAACCUGCAACUAUCGACCAUGACACUGUCAGACAAACGUUAAUCAACAAUCAAGCAGAACAGAAGUCCAACUACGACAAACGACACCGAGUAACAAAAGAAGAGAAAAAUCUAAAAGAAGGUGAUCGCGUAUGGAUCAUAAAUAUGCAAAAGGAGGGAGAAGUACAACGCAGAUGUGAAGAACCAAGGUCAUAUUUGAUCGAGACUGACGGCGGUUGCGUCAGACGAAAUCGAAGACAUCUUCAGCCCUUACCAGACAGAAAUAAUGAACCCGAACAUGACCCAGAACAACCAGACGAAUCAGAGGAACCAAAGAAAAGACCAAUCAGAAGACCCAAAAGAUACCAAGAUUAUUAUUGUUAUUGA